GGGACCGAUACAACUUCCAACCAAACAAGAGUGAUGGCGGCCGUCGUGUCUGUAAGCACAGCUGCCGGAGAUGAAAGCGCAGACACAGGGCUCGGUUUCCCCCCUCGUUCUCAUGCCGAUAAUCACGACCCCGCUGCGGAUCACGAAAGCUGGAUGUCCGGAGACCGCCGGUACCCCGAACUCCCUCCCGUCGAGGAGGACUCCACGUCGGACCGCGAGUGUCAGCGGAGGGUCGACGAGGACUUGACAUCCCUGAGCCCCCAAGAGAUCGAGAGCCGCCUGGAGAGAACGCGCCGGGAGUUUUACAACCGCAGAAAAAUAAUCAUAAAGAAUCUACCAUCCGACGUUAGCAAUCAGGAGGUCCAUGAGCUGUUGGGCAACUAUGACUUGAAGUACUGCUUUGUUGACAAAUACAAAGGCACAGCCUUCGUGACGCUGCUCCACGGGGAACAGGCGCAGUGUGCCAUCAAGGACUUCCACCAGCACGUGCUACGGGACCGGGAGAUCUCCGUGCAGCUGCAGCCAACCGACGCCCUGCUGUGCAUCGCCAACCUGCCCCGCGCGUUCACCCAGCAGCAGUUUGAGGAGCUGGUGCGACCCUUCGGUAACCUGGAGCGCUGCUUCCUGGUCUACAGCGCCUCCACGGGCCACUCCAAGGGCUACGGCUUCGUGGAGUACAUGAAGAAGGACUCUGCGGCCCGCGCCAAGUCGGAGCUGUUGGGCAAGCAGCUGGGCACCCGCAUGCUGUACGUCCACUGGACGGAGGUGGGCUCCCUCACGUACCAACUCCUGCACUCUAAAUGCCUGUGUGUGGACCGGCUGCCCCCGAGCCUGCAGACGGCCCAGGACCUCCGCAACGCCCUGGCGGACACCCACGCGCCGGUCUUCUGCCAGUUGGCUCAGGGACAAGAUUCGAGUUUCCGGCGGUUUACUGUGUUGGAGUUCUCCUCAGCCGAGAUGGCCGAGGAGGCUCAGCGGCUCAGCGACGGCCGGCUGCUGGGCGGGACGCACAUCAGGGUGUCCUUCUGUGCCCCCGGCCCUCCAGGAAGAAGCAUGUUGGCUGCCCUGAUUGCUGCCCAAACCAUGGCUGUGAACCGGGGCAAGGGCCUCCUCCCCGACCCGACAGCUAUGCAGAUACUGACGGGCCUCAAUAACCCCGCCACGCUCAAGAUGCUGCUCAACCCUCUGUCCCAGGGGCCCAAACAAGGCCUCCUUGGGGCCGCCCCCACAAUGCCCCUGCUGGCCAACCCCGCCCUCUCCGCCGCCCUGCUCCAGCUGCUCCUUCAGAACCAGGCCAAGGCCCAGCAGCAAGCCUUUCUGGGAAAUCAUCUCCUUUGGGCUCAGGUGCUGCACAAUAAAGAGAACCCUCUAGUGCCUUGUCAGGCAGGACUCAUUGUGGAGAACGCUCUGGCUGUCCAGCAGGGGGUCCAUCUGCUCGGAGACCUGCCCCAAGGUGGUGUUGUUCCGGGUCUUGGUCUUCAGACGGAUCCUUUGGCCCAACUAAAGCCAAUGCAACUUGGCCGAGGGCUGACUAGGGAGCAGGACUCCCCCGCGGCGGCGUGCACCUUCCCCCGGACUUCCUCUCCCACCCUUCAGGGCGUCUCCAUGCACCUGAUGGGGGCAGAUGGCCACGCAGCGCAGGGGGUGUCCAUAUUAGGAGAUCCUCCCAAAGAUGGGAACAUUCCCCACAGCGCCUUCCACGGUGCUAACAAUGUUUUCGCCUCAGCAAACUGCAGGACCCACCCCUACAGGAAGAGGCCCACGCUGAGCAAUGUGUCCAACCAGCACGUUCAGCCAAACUACAACCUGCGCUACCAGGAUUCCUACAGCCCGGAGUAUCCUCCCCUUCACCAGGAUCCUCUGGCUCACUUGUACGAGCAGCAGGAGAACCUCAGUGCUGAAUCCUUGGCAGGAUUCGGUCGGCAGGUAGUGCCCGCCGAUGUUCUGAAAGCCUGUUGGAUCUCGCGUGCGCGCUGCCCUCUGGUUACACUUUGUCUCUCUCGUCAGGCCGACUACAGCGAGCGCUUCCCCCACUACAGUUACCCUCCCAGCGAACACGUGUCCUCCUACUUCGGCUCGGGGCCCGACGCCUCCUGUGACGGGGGACUCGCUGCCGCUCAUCUCAACCGGGCUGUGGGAAUGCCUCCCGUGAGCCACACCAACAACUACCCGCCAGGCCUGGGGAAUGCUGCGAAGACUCCCAUCGGUGGCCACAAGCGUCUCCUCAACCGGCUGAUCCCGUCUCCGGAGCCGAGCCCCGAGGGCGGCUACGUGGGCCAGCACUCCCAGGGCCUCGGGGGUCACUACGCAGACUCCUACCUGAAGCGAAAGCGCAUCUUCUAAGUGCCGCCGUGGCCUCCCAGCAGCCGGGGGGCGCAAUGGCGUCUCCUCUGAUGUCUGCCAACACGCCGCGUGGUGUUCCUGGGAUUUGUGUCCCCGUGCAGCCUGUUGCUAUUUGGACAGUUGUCACUCCGUGGAAUUCUUGGCGCUUGUAUUUUUUCUGUUUGUGUAUAUAUAUAUAU